GUAACCGAACCAGAAUCAUCUAAACCAGAAUCAUCCCAAUCUAAAGUCAUUCGACCAAAACAAAACCAAUUAAACCCGUUUUGAACUCGAACCGAAUAUGAACAUAUCUGAAUUUGACUUGACCCAGACUCAACAAAUAAUAACAUGAAAUUGACCUGACUUGAAGUGACUCAAGGCGAGUUAAUAGGAUAUUUUUGUAACCCGAACAUACCCGACCACAAUAGAUUAACCCAAACUCCAUCCAAUUAUCUAGAUCAGAAUUCCUAAUUGACACCUCUACUAUGGGGUUGCAACUCUAAAAAUAUUAUUAAUAAAAAAAAUUACAAAGAAAAUUGACUGUUCCGUUAAAUCGGUUAAAUACGUCUUUCUCAACCUCAGAAACAUUAUCCAUUCAAUCAAAGUAGCAACACUACACAGGAUUAGCUUACAGAAGCUUUCACUUUGACAACUAUGGCUGCUUCUGCUCUGCUUUCCCCUCUCGCUUUUAGUGGUUUGACCAAUUAUUAUACAAACAAGGCAAAACAGAACACACAAUGUGUUGUUAUUCAAUGUUCGAAAAUGAGACAUGCUCCACUUGAACUGUCAUCUAUGGAAGGCUCUAGAUUGAAUUUAUAUUAUCGUCGGAAUGUUGUUGGAUUGCUUCUUGGACUUUCUUGUCUCAGAAUAGGCUCCAAUGAGGCGAUCGCGAAUGCAGCAGGCUUGCCUCCAGAGGAUAAGCCAAAACUAUGUGAUGAAGCCUGUGAGAAGGAGCUUGAAAAUGUACCCAUGGUAACAACAGAAUCUGGAUUGCAGUACAAAGACAUUAAGAUCGGUGAUGGUCCGAGUCCACCAAUUGGUUUUCAGGUUGCUGCAAACUAUGUUGCAAUGGUUCCUUCCGGACAGAUUUUUGACAGUUCUCUUGAGAAGAAUCAGCUUUACAUCUUUCGAGUUGGCUCGGGCCAGGUGAUCAAGGGACUUGACGAAGGACUCCUUACAAUGAAAGCUGGUGGUAAACGGAGACUCUACAUUCCUGGACCUUUGGCAUUUCCAAAAGGCCUGACCUCAGCUCCUGGAAGGCCUCGUGUUGCACCCAAUAGUCCGGUUAUCUUUGAUGUAAGCUUGGAAUACAUACCAGGUCUUGAGACAGAGGAAUAGAAAACUGGUGAACACGCCAACUCCUUCGUUUUGUACUACUUAUUCCUGUGAUUCGAGGUGGAAGCUAAACUAUGCAAGCUAGCUAGCUCUUCUACAACAUAAUUGCGACUCUUUGUACAUCUUAAUACAUGCCCUUAAAUAAUGUACAAAAUCAGUUUAUUCUUGAAUUGGCUUUGCAUAUUUAUAACAUACAAUGUGAAUGAGUGUCAAUUUUUUCCUACUAAA